UUUUGCAAUUAAACUCACGAUACUUUUAGCUAUAAAAGUGGCCGUUGAAUUGUUCGGUCGCUAUUUAAACAGCUGUGAUUUGGUGUGAGACACAAUAAAAGUAAUUGUGUCAUUGGCAUAUCGAACAUAGUUGCAUUUUGGGAGAAAAAAUCGACUUUGAACUUAUUGCUUGUAAAUUUGACUGCAUAAGCAUUUAGUUGUAUUGUUGUAGAAUAUGAUAAUCGCUAUACCGAAAAUCUACAAUUGAUUGAGCCAGUUGCAUUUUUACUUUUGAUAAAUAAAGACCAAAUUUGGCAAAAACCUUUCCAUUACUCGAAUCGAAAAGUAUUAAGAAUUUAAUUAAAUUAAAAUUCAAGUUUGGUGAAAAAAAAAAAUCCAUUCACUCCCUAUAUAUUACGCAAAUAGAAACUAGUACUAGUGUUUUAUAAUAGCACAAAGAGUAAAUAACAGAAAAAAAACGAGUGAAAAAAUAAACUAUUGAUCAAAAAGUGAAAUUGGUUACGAAUAUCUCCCAUAUUUAGUUCAGUCUCUGAUAAAAUGUUAGAAAACUCGGAAAGUCAUCCAAAACUAUCAAAUGUAAAAAAUCAAAUCUAUGCAACUAUCAUAGCACUUAAAAAGAUCAAUUUUUCUUCCCAAACCAGCGAAUAUCAUAGUGGUAAGUUUCGGCAGUUGUGUUGGUUGGUUUUCACCUGCGUUGCGUGUACUUCUAUCGGAUGAGACGCCGCUUAAAACCGGUCCAUUAACCAAUGAAAAAUUGUCAUGGAUUGGAGCAAUGAACAGUUUCGGUGCCUUAUGUGGAACAUUCAUAAGUGGAUUUCUGUCGAUCCGAUUGGGCUCGAAACGCGCCAUGACCGUUUUGGCAUUGCCAGCAGUCACUGUGUGGAUUUUAAUCUACUUCGGUGAUUCGUUCUACCACAUUUUCUUUGCACGAUUUGCAACCGGAUGUAUUGGUGGUGGCUUUCAAUCGGGAGUCAUUCUUUUCGUCGCCGAGAUUUCCAACGAUAAUAUUCGAGGCCGCCUUGGCUCAGUUUUUCCAUUAGCAAGAAAUACGGGCAUUUUGUUAGCGAAUAUUGCAGCAGCUGUCGUCGAUUACGAACACCGGCCGUUUAUUUUUGUGGUGUUUCCUGUGAUAUUUUUCAUUUGGAUCAACUUUUUGCCUAGCACUCCAGAAUAUUAUCUUCAAUGUGGAAAGGUUGAAGAAGCCAAAAGAGCGUUAAUGUUCUACAAAUCGGUCGAUGGCGAGAGUAGCCAUGAAACAUCCCUCUUGCAGAGUGAAUUCGAGCAAAUCCAAAGGAUUGAGAUGGAACGAAGACGAAGUGCAAAGAUUCAGCCAAAAGAUUACUAUAAUCGAGCCGCUUUGAAAGGAAUUGGCAUAGCAAUAGCAAUGGUUUGGCUGUUCCAGUCAACUGGAUUUUUUAUUAUCGUAAAUUAUGCGUCGUUAAUUUACAAAAUAUCGGGCACAGCGCUCAAAAUAGAAAUAUCGACCAUAGUGUUAUCGGUUGCCCAGAUUCUCGGUGGAUUGGUAGCGACGCAACUAGGUGACACAUUUGGCCGAAAAACGACUUUAAUCAUCUCACUUUUUGGUUCGGCCAUUGGACUUUUUACGUUUGCUAUUCAUUCAUACUUGCGCCAAAAUCAAUGUGAUGUUUCGCAUUUUACGUGGGUGCCCGAGGUUUGCUUAUCCUUUGUUAUUUUCAUCUCAAGUGCCGGAAUUGUCGCAUUAGCGAACACAUUCGUUGUGGAAAGUUUUCCACCAAAGAUAAGCUGCUUACUAAUAAGCACAAGCUUUGAAGAUCGAACUUGGAUUGUUGCUCGAAUUUUGAAUGAUUCUAUUAAAUGUUCAUAUCAAAUCGAUUGAAACAAUUCACUUGCGUCACACCCAUGAGAACAUUUUUUUAUCAAAUCGUUUCAGAUUCGAUCGAUUGGCAUGACAUUUUAUUCAAUGGCUAUCAAUAUCGUUGCGAUAAUGGGUGAAAAAUUCUUUCCAAUAUCAGUCGAAGUGAUUUAUUUACACGGUGUUCUACUAUUUCUUGCGAUCAAUUGCUGCAUAGGAACUAUUUUUGUUACUUUUAUGAAAGAAACCAAA